AUGAGACGAUGGAAGACUCAAGAUGACAUGCUGGCCAUCUCGGAUGAGGUGCUAGUUCUGGAAGACGCGGUUCUCGAUAAGAACGCGGGGUUCGAAAACGAGACGUUGAUAGUCUCAGGUGAGAUGCUGAUCUUCGGAGAUGCGGAUCUCGAUAAGAUGCUGGUCUCUACGGAGAGACACGGAUCUCAGAUAGGACUGGGGUCCCUCUCCCCAAAGGUCGGAAGAUGA